AUGCCGAACGAAAAUAUACAGUCACCGACGAUAGUCAUGCCAGUAAAAUCUCCCUCGUCAACUGCAGGAAGUCCAUCGUUUGUAAAUAAUAUAUCAACAUCACCUUGGAAAAUAAUUGACACUACUCAUAAUCCUUUAUCGUUUCAAUCAUUGAUGGAAAAUGAUUUAGCUCAACAUUUACAAAAUAGUGAAGAUAGGAAAUUAUUGCAAGAAAUUCGUCGUGCUACACCAAUUGAAACGGAGGUUUCAUUAUUUGAAUCGCCUAUUGAUGAGGAAUUUUUAAAUAGUUCUAUACCUACGCUACCCGUAGAACAAUCUGAUCUAACAGCAGAGAAUAAUGAUUAUUUAGUUGCUUUGAUGCUUCAACAAGAAUAUACUGAUGAAUUUAAUGAUAUGGUAAAACGAUAUGAAACUACAAUGAACAGAAAUAGAAAAGUUAAAUUAUCGAUGAAAAAUUAUAUGCUUCUCUCAACACCGCAAACCAAAGAUAGUAAAUAUGAUGGUGAGGAUGUGAUAAUUGCAAAACAAGAAGCAUUCAGUGAUAAUGAAAGAGAAGAAAAAGCACCAUCAUUCAAUAAACGAGGAACAUCUGGAAAGGGAGCAUUUAUGGUAACAAAACAUAAUCCAAUUAUUUGUGGAAGACGAAAUGUUUCAAAAAUAAUGAAUACUUUUCCGCCUGAAUUCGAUACUGGAGAUGGUAUAACGUUUGAUAUGAAAUUAUCAAAUAAAGUUUAUAAUGUACUGAAAACUCAUUCAUAUGCAGAAGAAAAACGGAUGACAAAAUUACACGAUAAAGUUGAAAAAGCAACGGCCAGUUUAGCAUUUGAUCCUAAAACUCGUAUCAUCUUGUAUAAAAUGUUGAAUUCUUGUGUAUUGGAUGAAAUUGGUUCGAUUAUAGCUACUGAAUCUAUUGUACUUCAUGGGAAAGGUGGACGGACAGAAGAACAUGAUAUACCAUCAGAAUGUGCUAUUAAGGUUUUUAAAACAACAUUAAACGAAUUUCGUACACGUGAGAAAUAUUUGCGCGAAGAUUAUCGUUUCAAACAUCGAUAUAAACAUUUGAAUCCACGAAAAAUUGUUAAAUUAUGGGCAGAAAAGGAAAUGUUCAAUUUACAACGUUUACUUCAUGCUGGAAUUUUAUGUCCACGACCUGUUUUAUUAAAAAAACAUGUUCUAUUAUUAUCGUUUAUUGGUGAAAAUGGUGUUCCAGCGCAGCGACUUCGCGAUCUAACAUUAAAUCAACAAGAUUUAUUAAUUGCUUAUCAACAAUGUUUGAAGUUAUUACGACAACUUUAUCAUGAUUGUAAAUUGAUUCAUGCCGAUUUUAGUGAAUAUAAUUUGUUAUGGUAUCAAAAUAAUAUUUGGGUAAUCGAUGUUUCUCAAGCCGUUGAACCUUAUCAUCCAAAUGCUUAUGAAUAUUUACUUCGUGAUUGUACAAAUACUUCAAAUUAUUUUACAAAACAUUCUCUACAUGAAAAAACUAGGAUUUUAUCACCGGAAGAAAUUUUUAAUUAUGUAACCGGUUUAAAGUUUGAAAAAAAGGGAGAAGAAUUUUUAGCAGAAGUAUUGCAAUAUGUUAAAAAUGUUCGAUUACAAUCGGAUGCUAUCAAAGAAAAAAAUAAUUUUUCAUUUGAUUAUUUUUUUAAUAACAGAGAUAAUAAGGAUGAUUUAACUUCAUCCAGUUCAUCAUCAGAAGAUAUGGAGAAAGAGUAUGAAGAGGACGAUGAUGAAAAUUAUAUUGAUGUUAGUUCUGAUGAUGAACAACAACAACAACAACAACAAACAGCACAAUCAAAAUGUUUAAGAAAAAAAUUGACCUUUCCUCGAAAAACAACAAAACAUGUAUAUUUAAAACAGGUGAUUUCUAAAUUCUAG